AUGGCGGAGAUCGCUGUAGGCUUGGUCAUAGACAAGUUGAUUCCAUUGCUGACUGAAGAAGCAUACUUGUUGAGAGGUAUUCAUAAAGAAGUUGAGAGAAUCAAGUGUGAUCUAGACUUUCUUUUGGCUUUUCUCAAGAAUGCAGAUGCAAGAGUCGAGCAGACAAAUCAAAUCAUCACCAACAAUUGUCACGGGGUUAAAGUGUGGGUGGAAAAACUUCGAAAAGCAUCAUUUGAAGUAGAAGAUGUUAUUGAUGAAUACACACAUCUCAUGGUGAAACAACGAUGUCAUCCCCAUAUAAAAAGAUUUGUUGCUUUUGUUCGCAGAAGUACUUGCUUGGUCAUAAAACUAAAAUCACGCCAUGACACAGCUUCCAAAAUAAAAGACAUUAGACAAACGAUUCGAGAUAUAAAUCAAACAAGGGCAUCCUAUGGCUUCAAUUUCACACUACAUGAAGAAUCUACAUUCGCUUCUCGAACAAGUUCAUGGUAUGAUCCUCGAAAAAGUUCUUGUUUUCUUAGGGAAAGUGAUAUUGUGGGCAUUGAAUCUUCUAGAGAUGAAUUAAUUGAAAAGGUGGAAGAUGGAUCUCCAAGGCGCACUGUGAUCUCUUUGGUAGGGAUGGGAGGACUCGGCAAGACCACUCUAGCCCAUCAAGUGUAUGUUUGUAUGAAAAGAAGUUUUGAUUGUCAUGCUUGGAUUGAAGUUUCUCAGUCAUAUGAGAAGGUGGAACUAUUACAAAAGUUACUGAAGAAGUUCUUGGAGUCGAGAGAGGAGUCUACUCCUCAAGGAUUUGAUGCAAUGGAUGAAAGUACAUUGACUAAAAAGUUAAGAGAUUACUUACAUGGAAAAAGCUAUCUUGUGGUUUUUGAUGAUGUUUGGAAGAUAAACUUUUGGGGUGACAUACAAAAUGCUUUACCUGAUAAUGGCAACGAGAAAAGUGGAAGAGUAUUUAUCACAACAAGAUAUGUUGAAGUAGCAAAGUUUUGUAAGGUAUCAUCACUUGUUCAUAUUCAUUAUCUUCAACGUCUUGCUCCAAAGAAGGCAUGGGAACUCUUUUGCAAAAAGGCUUUUCAAGAUGAAUCUAGUGGGUAUUGUCCACUCCACUUACACAAGUUGUCACAUGAGAUUGUUGAAAGAUGUGAAGGAUUACCACUUGCUAUUGUAGUAAUAGCUGGUCUUCUUUCCACUAAAAACAACACUAUUGAAGAGUGGAGAAAAUUGCUUACAACUCUAAGUUCAGAGUUGCAUAGCAAUGAACAUCUAGAAAGCAUAACAAAAAUUCUCUCCUUGAGCUACAAUGAUCUACCGUAUUACCUUAAAUCUUGCUUCUUAUACUUGGGGUAUUUUCCUGAAGACUACUCCAUCAGAUGUGGAAGACUAAUUCGCCAAUGGAUUGCUGAAGGCUUUGUGAAAUCAAAAAAGGAUAAAACACUCGAGGUGGCUGCAGAAGAAUAUUUGGUGGAUUUGAUAAAUAGAAAUCUCAUUCAAGUAUCUGAGAAAGAUUUUGAUGGAAAAGCUAGAACAUGUCGAAUUCACGAUCUUCUACGUGAGAUUAUCCUCAACAAGAUGGAGGAUUUGAGUUUCUGUCAAGUUUUGUCAUCGAAUGAUUCAAACCUCAAAGGAUCAUCAGCUCGACGCAUUUCAAUUGUUAAUGGCUUUUAUGAAGGUAUUAAGAGUAAUAAUGCUUCUAAAAUUUCUCAAGUGCGGUCCAUUUUUAUCUUUGAUAAAGACAAAAUGCUUAAUCAUCACAUAAGAGAAAUCACCAUAAAGUUCAAGCUCCUGAAAGUUCUUGAUUUUGAAGAUGCUCCGAAUCUAAAUCACAUUUCUAAAGACAUUGGAAGCUUAUUUCACUUGAAAUAUUUAAGUGUUCGAGGCACAAGAGUUAGGAGUUUGCCUAAGUCUAUUGGAAAGUUAGAAAAUUUAGAGACAUUGGAUUUAAAACAAUCUUUGGUGUUUGAGAUACCAGUUGAGAUCAAAAUGCUUAAAAAAUUAAGACACUUUUUAGCUUACCAUGGAAGUUUUGAUGAUUCUUUCAAUCAAUUAAAAGGAGUAAAACUAGAAAGGGGAAUUGGUCAGUUGAAAGCCUUGCAAAAGUUAUACUUUAUAGAUGUCAAUGUUGUUAGAAUAGUUGACCUAUUGAAGGAAUUGUACAAGUUGACAGAGUUGAGAAAAUUAGGAAUUAUAAACUUAAGAAGUGAAGAUGGUAGAAGACUAUGUGACUGUAUUCAAAACAUGAACCACCUUGAAUCCCUUAGUGUAGCUUCAAUAAGUUCAGAUGAGACAGUUGAUUUGGAAUCCAUGUCUUGCCCCCCUCAAUUUCUUCGGCGUCUCCACCUACAAGGGCCUCUGAAGAAUUUACCUAAAUGGAUCACACAACUUCAAAAUCUAAGUAGGAUUGGAAUAUAUUGGUCAAAGCUAGAAAUCGAUCCAUUGAAUGUUCUUCAAAAUCUGCACAAUCUUUUGGAACUUCGCAUAUUUCAUGAUGGUUACUAUGGUGAGAAACUACACUUUGUUGAAGGAAGUUUUCCAAAACUCAAGGCACUCGACCUCUAUUCUCUAAGCAAGUUACGCUCGAUAGUAAUAGAGGAAGGAGCAUUGUGUAAUCUUGAAGAGUUCUACAUUGGGCCUUGUCCACAGUUAAAGGAAUUGUCAUCUGGAUUCCAACAUUUGAGAAACCUUAAAGUUUUUUACUUGUGUGAAUUGCCCACAAUCUUCUUGAUAUCCCAAAAUUUUCAAAGCUUGCAAUGUAUUGGGGUAGACAUUCGACUUCGAUGCAACAUUCGUGGGAAAAUGUGGCGACUUGUAUUCGAAUGGGUUACUGAAUUCUUGGAAUAUUUGAGAGGUAAGACUGACUAUCUAGUUCCAUUUCAAUUGUAUAUUUAUUAUAUUGUUGAAAAAUGUCAUCAUUAUGUGUGCACAUUAUGUGAGUAA